AUGAACCUCGCCCUGCAGCAAACAGGACUGAUGUUUCUGAGAAGCGCUAUUGAGAGGAUCCUCUCCGAUCGCGACAUCAGAAAAAAGGAAAAUUUACAGCUGAAGAAAGCCUGCGAAAAUGUUCUCGAGGAACUGAAAGCUGAGGGCGCUUAUGCUCCCGGGGAAGAUAAUAAUGGUGUUGUUCUGCCGGAUAAGGAACGAAUAGUGGAAGCCGAUCGGUAUUUUUUGCCAUUCGAAUUAGCGUGUAAGUCGAGAAGCCCGAAAAUCGUCAUCACAUCUCUUGAUUGUCUUCAAAAGUUAAUAGCCUAUGGCCACCUUACGGGGCGUGGAGCAGACUCGUCCAAUCCUGAACGCAAGCUCAUUGAUCGUAUUGUGGAAGCUAUCUGCUCGUCGUUCAUUGGCCAAGGCACUGACGAAGCUGUUUUAUUGCAAAUUAUUAAGGCAAUUUUGGCAGUGAUUUUGACAAAUAAUUGCGAAGUCCACGAGGGUUCAUUACUCCUUGCUGUUCGGACAUGCUUUACUAUUUUUCUUGCUACCAAGAGUCCGAUCAAUCAAUCAACAGCGAAAGGAACUCUCACUCAGGUAAUCAAUGCUGUAUUCACCAAUAUGGAGCGCGUUGGCAAUGCCAAGGAUGAUACGGUUAUCGUCAGUGAGGUCGUCGAAUUUCUUGUUACCUCAGCGACAACGCUUGCCCUCGAAUCAAGUGAUGAUGGAGAGACUCGUAGUAUUCGUGGUGCUGGUGCUUCUACUAUCUGGGGUGAUACAGAAGCAAAUCCUCCUGAAGAUCACAUCAGUUUCCCCAAUGUCGAACAGAAGGACGCGUUCCUGGUUUUUCGCGCCUUAUGUGUGCUAGCACAAAAGGAAGAGGGCGACGUUAAUGAUCCACGGAACACCCAUCUGAACUCGAAGAUGCUUGCCUUAGAAAUGCUGUUAUUAGUCCUGCAAAAUUCUUCAACAGUAUUGCAAAAUGCUCAACCGUUUAUCCUGUUGAUCAAAAAGUCGCUAUGUGUUGCCCUUUCUCGGAACGCUGUUUCGUCAAACGUAAAGGUGUGCAUUGUUCUGGCUUCCUCGUCCCUUACAUGUAUCAACUUCAUCGCUUUCAUCCAGGUUUUCGAGAAGUCUCUUGCUAUUUUCGUACAAUUACUGGACAAGUUUAAGAUUCAUCUGAAAUUACAAAUAGAGGUGUUCUUCAAAGAGAUUAUCAUAUCAAUGCUCGAGUCGUCGUCGUGCUCCUUCGAACACAAAUGGAUUGUUCUUCACACCAUUGGCAAAAUCCUUGCAAAUCCUCAAUCAGUGGUGGACUUGUAUGUGAACUACGACUGUGAUUUAACCGCACACAAUGUGUUCGAAAAUCUAGUCGAUGUGGUCUCCAAAACUGCCAGGACCUCUAUCAACGAAAAUUCUCCGAUAAUCCAGAAAGAGCGGGAACGUGCAAUGCGAUUGCUCGGACUGAGCUGUUUGACGGACCUUCUGCAAUGCCUCGUAGAUUGGUUUGAUGUGUGUGAGACAACUAAGAACAAUCUUUUACGAGAACGUGCAGCUGCCUGCGUCUCCUACCGUGCACAGAUUUGUCCACCUCAACAGAAGAAGGAAUUGAUGGAACAUGGAAAUCAUGCUGUUUUCCGGAAACCAAAGCAGGGACUUUCGUUCUUACAAGAGCAUGGUUUCGUUGGCACCGAACCGAAUGAGAUUGCAGAUUUCCUGUUGAAGGAGGAUCGUCUGGACAAAACUGUAGUUGGAGACUUCUUAGGAGACCCGGAUGAGUGA